UGUACAUGUACCUGAAAGCAAAGGGGAUUGCAAAUGGGUCAGUUUGUACAUGUACCUGAAAGCAAAGGGGAUUGCCAAUGGGUCAGUUUGUACAUGUUCCUGAAAGCAAAGGGGAUGGCAAAUGGGUCAGUUUGUACAUGUACCUGAAAGCAAAGGGGAUUGCCAAUGGAUCAGUUUGUACAUGUACCUGAAAGCAAAGGGGAUGGCAAAUGGGUCAGUUUGGACAUGUACCUGAAAGCAAAGGGGACGGCCAAUGGGUCAGUUGGUACAUGUACCUGAAAGCAAAGGGGAUUGUCAAUGGGUCGGUUUGUACAUGUACCUGAAAGCAAAGGGGAUGGCCAAUGGGUCAGUUUGGACAUGUACCUGAAAGCAAAGGGGAUUGCAAACGGGUCAGUUUGUACAUGUACCUGAAAGCAAAGGGGAUUGCAAACGGGUCAGUUUGUACAUGUACCUGAAAGCAAAGGGGAUUGCUAACGGGUCAGUUUGUAGAAGUACCUGAAAGCAAAGGGGAUUGCAUGUGGUAAAUUAUUACAUGUACAGAUUCACUGUUACUCAGACUAAGGGCUCCAAAUGAGGACCUGUUAAAUUGUGAGUUCAUAACCGCAAUACAAAAGGCAGAAAACUUCAAAUGAUAUUAUGGUGUUGGUUUAGAGCAUUGAUGGUCAGUCUUUGAUUAGCGUGGCCUCACUUACCGGGAAGACUGUCCUAUGUGUGUAGUUGAGAACAACAUACAAGUACAUGGCAUGUGCAGUAUGGCAUAUUGCACAGUUCUCCCCAAGCAAGCCACUUUGCUAUGAGGUUGCUUCUUGACAGUCAGGAGUAGACUUUAUCAAGGCAGGUGUGGUUAUAAAGAAUCAAGAGCUCUUAAGGCACACUAAUGACAUGUUACAAAACUCCGGAGGAAAUUAACACCUCCCUAAAUUGAAAAGAAAAUAUGUUGCACAAAAAUCACUGUUUUGAUUUUAGAAUGUGCAUUUCCUACUUGGAACAGUUAGGUCACAGUGGGACCCAUUUCCAAACCCUUUAUCUGUCUUAUGUCAUCAAAUUGUUUAUUUCUAUGAUACUUUUUCUGUCAGUACUAAUGUGUUUGAACAGACUUGUCAAAUAUGGCUUAGUUUCUCUUGUGCCUCUUUCCUCGCUUGUGGGGACGUGCUGAACACAUGUGAGCUAUUCCUGUAUGGAAUCACGUAUGGUCUUCGCAUCGUGUGCGCCAAAUGCUUCAAUGAGACCAAUUGUAAAACUUCCUGCUAGGCUGUCUCGUCUUUGCCGUUGAGGGUGCACUUCAACUUGGAGCGGAUAAUGCAUUUUGUUUAUGGCAUGGUUUGUAGUGUACUUUGUAUUAGAGAUCAUAAAUGUACUCAGAUCGACACAGUAUUUUCGUAGUGUUAUUUAAAAUUUUGUAUUUCAAAAAAGCAUUAUGGAGAGGUUCUUUCUUCUAUUUAUCAGUAUAGAUCAAUCAGUUAUUAUUUAGAGAUAUAUAUAAGAUAUUUAGUUUUUGCUCACUUAACGUAAGUUGGCUUGGAAACUUGGAACCAGUUCUCGAACUCAGAACAAUCGUCCUUUCUCUGGAUGUUACUUUUGGUCAUGAUAACACUUUUUAGUGGGCUCUGAGUCAGGAGAGCUGCGUGUCUGACUUUAAUUAUUUGUCUCAGUCCUUUUGUUGAAGAACAUUACAUUUAAUUGCAUGUUUGGUGUAUUUUCCAUAUUUCAUUUGCUCUUCCUAAAUACCAGAGUAACAACAAACAUUGCCUUUGAGCUUGACAUUUUUUUCAAAACUACUCUCAUUAUUAAAUGUAUAUAUUUUAAUUUCAAAAGCAGUACUAAGAGUAUAUUUUCACAAUGUGUUGCCUAUGUAAGUAUUGGAUUUUUUCCAAAAAGUACUCCUGUGAGUUUUCUUUUCAGAUGAAAUGUUAUCGUUUUUUUUCUUACGGUCUAAGAUUUGCUUUUCAGAAAUGGUCCAAGAUAAUGGUUGUAAAUGUUACUUCAACAGAGGGCAUGGUUUCAAUUCAACCAUUUUGUUAAAAUUCCUUUUUCAAUAAAACCAGUAAAAAGAAACCUCAAUUGUUUUAGGUGUUCCAAGCCCUCAACAAAAUUAGACAAAUAAUAAGGCUUUGCUUCUGCUUUUUUUUCUGAUGUAAAGAAGUGUGUAUUGUUCUAGGUUCCACACCACCUACUGAAAAACGACAUUUCACACUCCAGCGUGGAGAACCUUCCUAGCUUGUUCAUUGUGGAUUAACAGUUUCCCAACUCUCAAACAGCGUGUCCAAAUUAGCCAAUAGAAACACAGAGUAGUUGCUCAUUUUCCAGUAAUGAGAGCAACAGUAUUGCCUUGGUAUAUGCAUUGCAUAUUACAAGCAGAAUCUUGCGCAAUAUGUCUUGUUAGGCUUUUUUUCAUGAGAAUUAUAAUAAAUAGCACAAAAUUGUGGGGACUAAAAUACUCUGUUCUCAAUACUGCAGAACAGAUAAUCUAUUGACAUACGACAUGCUUGUGGAUUUUUUUAAUCGUUGUAGUUUCCUUAUCUUUAAAAAAGAAAUAUAUUUUUCUAGUAUAUAAAAUUUAUAUGAAAUGGAAGAUAAAAUUAUGUAGAUUAUUGAUGGAGUUAAACUUUGAUGCAUUUGGUGGAACUGUCUUUGAGACCAGGUUAUAAUACUGAACAGUGGUCUGUAUAUUUAGGGAAUUUGUUUACUAUACCCAACUGCAAAUUUAAAAACACAUAGUAUCAUUAAAAGGAUUGUGAAAUUUAAAGUAUGCAGAUAUAUUGUGAAUUUAGUAAACGGCACAUCAACGACACCGACUGUGUUCUGCAUUUAAUGCAGCAGCAUUACUUGACAGAGUCAGUUUGGGGUGUCUGAUUUCAUAAAUGAAUUUUUGCAACUCAGAAAAAAAAUUACAGUGUGUAAGCAAAGUACUAUAUUGAGAUGUGAGAAUAAAAGAGUUUUGAACUAGAGUAACAAAAUUACAAACAAAUAACUUUAUAUUUUAAACAAUAUUUCACCUUAUAUAUCGUAUGUUUCCUGAUUGGUGUUUGUGUGUAACAGUGAUAUAUUUCCCAAUUCUUAGAAAUCUUACAAUUUACCAAGAUUUGCCUAGAAAUGAUUAUAAUACACAUGUUCUGUCUGAUAUGCAGGAGGCGUUUGUAAAUAGCAUGGUGAGAUUAAAAAAAAUUGAAAAAAACCUGUGGGAACUCUUUGUGCCUUCUUGAAGUAAAGAUUCAAGACGCAUUCAAUUUCGUGUUAUCCUGCACGGUAUCGGAAUAACAGAGCAUCCCCGAAGUCCUGGCCUUGUAGCUUGCAUACACAUGUACUAUUGUUCAAGAUUGCACUUGUUAUAUUAAGUUAUUCUUUUAUUUUUUUUGGUCAUUUCAGUGGACUUCCACACAGUAUUUUUUAUGUGGCUGUAAUAAACUACAAAAAAUCUUUUGAAACUGCAAGGGCCAAGAAAAAUCAGAGUUAUUAGGAAAACUGUGUUAAUCACCCCCCCAAAAAACAAAGGGCAAAGCAACAAAACUUUUAUAGUCAUUGUUAUACGUGGAUAGGAGUACAGCUUAUAUUGACAUCAAUGCCACAAUCCAACAUCUGUUUUGAACGCAUCGACUGGUACGAAUUAAAACAAGAACUAUCGCCUCAGAUGAACUGUAAAAAAUAAACGGUGACAGAUCGCUAUCUACUUUCCCGCACUAUGAGUAUGAUGUUGUUUCCACACCGUAGUCUACAUUUUUGGCGAUAUUUACAAAAAUGUACUGUCACCCGUAUCAGUGUACAUGUACAUCGCAAAUGCCACAACAGGUGGUUGGGUCAGGAAGUUGUUAAAUCCUUGACCGUGUCCAGCAUUUAGACGCCUACAGUUUACAGACGAAACUUUUUGGAGCCUCGCAAGGAUGAUCAUUCAGUGCUUCGAACCAUUCCAUACAUUCGCCGUCACCGCUCGGUUCUCCAUCCUGAAAGUGUAGUCUACCUAUGGCUACGUACGAACCAUCAGCCCAUUGAAAAGUGGUGUUUCGGUUAUGGUCUUUCAACAAGCCAAUCCACACACCAUGAGCCCGACGUGACUGGCUUACGAACUGCUCCUCGUUGGGGUUGCCUACUGACGCCAGGUGGGCCAUUUUCCCUGGAUGAGACAGCAUUUGACAGAAGCGUUCAGCAUCCAUCCAAGACAUUGCCUCGGCAAACCACCGGUAGCAGUGCCCACCGACAACACUCCAGUUUGGCGGGCAAUAAGGUAUGCUGCAGGUACUCAGAGCAGGGGUCCCGCCCAGGAACGCCCAAAGAGACAUCAUCAUGAGGAGACCGAGGAAUCUGUCCACAGCCUCAUUGUCAAUGAGGCGAUGGUGGAUUCGUUAGAUCGACAGCGGCAGUUGUGUGCAGCAUGUGAGCAUGGAGAUCUGGCCUUCGUCCAAGCCUUGCUUGACCAGGAUGCCAGUGGGUGUGUGGAUGCUGAUGGAGGUGAGGGACUCACCCCAUUGCAGAUCGCUGCAGGGAAUGGCCAUGAAGACAUCGUGCGGUUGCUGCUCAUGCGGGGUGCUUCAUUGGACAGGCAGAACCUGUAUGGAUGGACAGCUCUCAUGCAAGCCGCAAGCCAUGGCCACGCCAGCAUUGUGGCACUACUGCUUCAGAACAAAGCCGACCCCAACAUUAAAAACAAGUUUGGGGCGACCGCGCUGACAGCUGCAGCUCACUACGGACACAUCUCCACCACAAGGGUUUUACUGGGGCUCGGCUACCUCGAUCUGAAUGAAAGAGAAGGGGCCAAUGUGGGCCAGGCCUUCACGCCGCUCAUGGUCUCAGCGCUGAGUGGGCGGGACCCAGUUCUGAAAAUGCUGCUGGACAGGGGGGCGGAUCAGUUCCAGGUGCACCGUCAAACGGGAUGGACACCUUUGAUGAUGGCUGCAUUGUGCGGCCACACCAGCAUUGCCCAGAUUCUGGUGGAGACCAGAGGAUGUGACCCUGAUGUCACCAACAUCUUGAGCAAAACUGCCCUGGAGAUUGCAAUGGUAGAAAAUAAUAGAGAGGUCCGUGAUUAUCUGGAUCGCAGAACAACAAACAGACCAAGAAUAUUAACAGAAAAUAGCAAGCCAAAGGUAAUUGAAGCUACAGAAGCAGGCGACAUUAAACUGGUCCAGCAUAUUCUUGAUGCGGACCUCAAACAGUGCAAUAAACUGUCCCCAGAAGGCGCUACACCCCUGAUGAUAGCUGCCAUGAUGGGUCGAGGGGACAUUGCAGAGUUACUGGUGCAGCGCGGUGCCGAUAUCAACAUGCAGGAUUCUAAGAGUGGAUGGACGGCACUCAUGCAGGCCACAUUUCAUAGGAGGAAGGACUUGGUGAAGUAUUUGGUGGAUGCUGGAGCUGAUGUCAACAUUCAGGCCAAGGAUGGCUGCAAAGCUCUUGACCUGGCACUGGUCAUAGUCAUGAAUGAGAAUGAAAAAUCCGACAAUGAACUGAUAUCCCUCCUGGCUGCAGUCACCAUGCCAACCAAGAACAAUAGAGUAGCCAAAGGUCAGAGUGUAGGGUCAUCGACCUGGUCCACAAAGACCAGUAUGAGUCAACUGAGUGAGGACUCGCCAAGAAACGGCUUGAAGGCCUGGUGGUCACGCAUGUCCAACCGUUUCCGUAACCUGAAACUCUCGCGCACCUUGAGGGCUGGCCUCUCAUCGACCCCCCUUACACCGUUUGAAGACCAGAACAGUCUCUCACCAAAUGCCACACUGAAGGUAUCCCAGGAUGCAGUAGUCCAGAUGCAUGAAGAUGAUGGGCAAAGUUGCAGGAAGAAUAAUAGGGAGCAGACUUCAGAGUUGAACCAAUCCCGCAACAGUGUUGGGCGAGAUAGUGGUCUCGAUGUCAGCAUGCAGUCUACACAAUCUGUGUCUAUGAUGUUGCCAUCCAUCCAGCAGCCUAGCGACAAGCUUCUCCCUGUCGUUCCUCCUUUCUUGCCCCCUCCCAGCUUUGAGCUACAUGCAGCUGAUCGGUCUAGACGUUCCCAUCACACUUCCAAAGCCUCAUUGACAAAGCUGGCCAAUGGACAGGGUGUAGGAAGCAGCAGACCACAUGGCCGACCACCCACCAAACUCAUGUUCUCUCGUCGGUCAGCAAGCACCAGCGGUAUCAGCCCUUCAAAUUCAGCCCACAUGAGUACCACAGCUAGUCCCAACUCAUCUGCUGAGGCUGGUGUGCUUAGCCGGGGAUUCAUGAAUGCUAGGAGGACAAGUUUAAACCUCCACGAGGUGGCUGGAACUUCUAAACUUAGUUCAGUUGCGGAGCCUUUGUUUACUCCAGUGUCUUCUCUUCCAACAAGACAGCCGUCCUCUAAUCAAGAGCCAUCCACCAAGCAAUCAACCAGUGCACAACAUGCAAGGUUGCCCCCUCUUCCCAUCACUCCUCCAAAUGCAAAUCCAGCCAGUGCAAGCUCCGCAUCCUCUACCAUAUCCGGCCCGCUGACCCAGUCCAAGCCCCGCCCAGUCAGUGGGAUGUCACGCAGCACCUCCCCUACCCUGACCCCCUCCCCGUCGCCAACCCCUAAGGGGAUGGCAGGGAAUGUGCAGGCGGGUUCGCAUCCCAGAGAUGGCCAGGGGGUAGGCAGGAGCUCUUCCCCACUCCAGAAGAAGACUAGCUCCAGCAGCGGCAUCAGUGAGGAUGAUGAGUUGUCAGCCCUGCUCAGGAAAUUGUCUCUGGAAAAGUAUGCACCGAUAUUUGAAGAACAGGAGGUUGACAUGGAAGCCUUCCUGAGUCUGAACGAGUCUGACCUGAAGGAGAUGGGCAUAGCCAACACGGAACCUCUUCAGCAGAUACUGGGAGCCAUCACUGAGCUGAACGACAGCAAAGAUAUCAGGAAGUAUCCCCUGACUGAUAGAAAUGUGGAGGCAGUGUCUUCUACUAAAAAUCCCAUGGUGUCAGUGGCAAUUAAAAGUACAGGUAACCAUUUUUUUUUUAAAAUAAAAAAUGACCGUUCUGGAAAUUGUUAUCAACCAAUUUGCUUGGAAUCUUUGGCAAAAUCUGGAGGUGUUGGCAGUCUGGAUUCCUGAAGAGUUGAUUAGCACCUUUCCCUUUCGUUUUCCUCUUGGGCCAGUGUCAUAGACCUGCCAAGCACCCAUACCAGGUGUAUUAAGUGUGAAAAUGUCCUGCCUAGCAAAAGCACAGACACCACCUCAAAUUUGAUGUACUUCCAUUUGCUUCUGACUGAUGCCUUGCUUACUGGUACUUCACUCUCGGGCUACUUUGGCUUAGUAGUUUUUUGACAAGCUUCAAGUUGAAUGUAUGAUUGCCUGCUUUGACUAUUCCAUGUUCCAAAAGUAAUAGGGUUAAGAAUAGUAUGUUCUUGCACAUCGACGCUGGGACUCGAGUGUGCUUGAGUCUCGAGUAAUUUUGAUUUUUUACACAUAUAUGGACAACAGUGCUUUCUAAAGUGUUGGUUUUAAGUCUUCCAAGAUAGCAAGAAUUACGAACUCCCACAUCGUACUGAAAAUUGAUCCCUCAUUUGACUAAUUUGAUAGACAUCAAAUACAGCAGCCUUGAGGGGAUAGUAUUCAUGUCAUGAUUUGUGGUUUCAGUGUUAACAAAUAUCCCCUUGAGGGUGAGUUUUUAUUACAAAUAUUAGUAUAAACAUGGAUAUUAUGCAUUCUAUUUUAAGUGUUUUGAUGAAUAAAGUUUUCUUCCAUUACAAGUGUGAGAUACCAUAGUAUGUACGGUCACAAAAACCAGUGCUGCAAACAUGUAUGAUGGUGUUGAUGUUUUAUUAUUAGAAGCAUCUUUGCAGCCAUACAGGUUGAAAUGUAGAUGAUCUUUGUUACUUUGUAUGGAUACAUAUAUUUCUGCUCAAUAAAUGCUCCAUACAUAAUUUCCUAUAACUCUACUUGUAGCUAAAUUUAUAUAUAUAUUCAGUACAUUUUAUAAAGUUUGUAUGUUUAGCAAAUUUGUAGUUAGUAUAGCUUUUUUAUGCAUUUUUCUUGUAUUGUAAAUGAUUCUUGUGAAGUACUUCAGCAGUCUAAAGUAACUAUUUAUUUUUCAAUGACUUGACUACCUCGACUAGCAGAAAAAAAACAAACCUGCUAUUUUGUAAGCAGUUUUACAACUUAAAGGUGAAACAUGUCUCUCUUCCCCACCGAAAUUCCUAUCAGACAAGCCAAAUUGAUUGUAAAUUUAGUGACAUGACAUUAUUACUGGCUGGUAUAAACACCUUGGCCAUUUGUGCCUGUGUGUGUAGGUUGAUAGAGAGGCUGCACUGGCAUGUCAUAUUACCCUGCAUAUAUUUGACUUGAGUUUGGGUAUGAAUGAAGUCUCAGUGCUGCUUUGUCAUUGCGAGGUUAUAUGUAUGCGUGGACUUCUUUCCCAAAGGUGAUCCUUUGACUUUUUUUCCUGCAGCAGUUCAGCCAAAGCAGAACACAGUGAGCGUCGUUGAGACUCUUGGUGGUAGCAAACAUACCGUUCCUUUUUUGCUAGUUCUGAGCAUGUGUGCAUAGUUUUGAGCAGACGCAAGAUUGUGGAAAAGGACUGGUCUGUCUGCUGCUGCCAAUAUCUCUCAGUCUCCCACUCCGGGAAUCUUGUAUUGCAGAUAAAUUUUGCAGUUACCGCCAAUGAAAUGCAUUAAUGGCACACACAUGUAGAUCCUGUAAUCAAGUCCAUGUAACUGCCAUACACUCAGCUUAAAAGAAAGGCAGUCGCCAGAGCACGGCACAUGCCUCUAUCCAAUUGCAUAAUUGAUGUAGGGAUGAAUGUUGCUGUUCAAAGCUUUCCAACGUAUGCAUGCAUAUUUCAGGUACCAAUUGCCUGUGCCUUAUGAAUGCAAUUCUUAUGGUACUCAAAUAUUUCAGUGUUCAACUUUUAUUGACCGUUUUUGUUGAAACUAUGAACAAGGUUGCUAUUAAAAUGAAACAGCAUUGUCUAAACAUUUUAAAUUAAUUACAGUCCAGUUUAUACUGUGGAGGACCAUUUUCCCCUAAACUAUAGCCCGAUGUCUUUGUUUGCAGUAUUAACACGGUACGUAAACUCUCCCUGGAACAAGUAUUCAUUUGUUGCCAAACUCUUAAGCCUAACUAUAUUUAUUCUUCCAUGAAAUGAGCAAUAAAAUUACUAUUUUAAA